UUAGCGCUUUAUACGUCAUCAUCAGGAGCCGGAAGUGAAACGCGCGGUAUUUUGAAUACAACGAAAAACAAACUGUCGCGAGCUUUUUUUUCGAUCUUCAAAACGGUAAACUAGCGCCUUCAAGCAAUCAAAACAUGUCAAAGAAAGCACCGAGAGCAGCCCUGAAGCUCCAUAUGAAGAAGAACACUAAUAUACGGAUAGGAAAAAACGCAGACUUGAUGGCCCAGCUCAACCUCCUGGUUGUCCUGCAUCGGCUAGCGGAGGAGUCUAGGGUGAAAGCCUUUGAGGAGAAAUCAGCAACCAUCAAAGUUCACCACGUCAGAGCUGUUGCAAAGCGAAGUCAUGAUGGCCUGUCACAACUAAACAUGUUAGGAAUUACAUGCUUUACGGAGUUCAGGCGCAGACUGGUUCAGCAUGGCCGCCUCUGAAAACAGAAACUGUUAAAGAGCACACGUGGAUGAUGGGAGUUCCCCAUCACAACCCUUUAUUUGUUCAACAGCAUUGACCCCAUGAACUAAAAUUUACUUGAAGUCUUCAGUAUGUGUGAGCUAUAGUAUAGAGCACACAACAUAUAUGGACUUUCAAAGAUGAACAUUAUACUUUUAUUCAUUCCUUAGAACUUUUACAUGCACGAUGGAAUUUAUGUUUCUUUGUGUCAGCAUCGGGCCCAUUAUUAGGCUGUGAUCCGUGAUUAAUUUUUCUUCAUGAUUGUUGAACUUUUGCUUCUAGUUUUGUGUAAAUCAUGUAUGAUGGACAGUAUCUAGCCCAGAUAUCUAAAGCAACACAUGUGUCCCUCAUCUCAUUGGAUCGUAUUAUGACUUAAUACCUGUUAAUAAACAAUUUGUACCACUUAA